AUGGAGUUCAGCUCGGCUCAUCUCUCGCGCCCAAGCUUGCGCAAUCGCCCGCAUGAUCCACUGCAGUUCUUCCUUCCUACCUUUUGCUGAUCUCGUCCGUCUUCCUCUCUUCACAUCAGGAGUGGUCUAGCAGAUGUCGAUUGCCGGUGAGCCAAGCUUGUCCAGUCACAAGACAAGCAACGCGAGUCAAGAAUCGUAGAUGCAACAAAGGAAAGGCAAAGAAAAGCACAGCACUACUGACAUGACAUGCCCGCAUUGCGGCCUGCCACUCACUCACUACCCCUGCAUGCAACUCCACUCGUGACUCCACUCGUGACACUUCAACAGUCUAGGCGACUUCAGCUGGGGUUUCGCCACGGCCGAACGGCUUUGCUGGGCCACGCCCUGAGCCGCUUCAAAAGGCAGCACUGCAAAAAGCAUUAUUGCCGCAGAACCGUGCGUGACUUGUCGAUUGCAAAGCCCCUCGAGCACAAUCGAGCACGACAGCGUGGCGUAACAUACAAAGCCUUGCUCACCACCCCCCCUCUCUGCAGGGGUUACCAUGUCUCUUCAGACUCAAACGCGCACGCGCACGCGCAAAGUUUUCUCAAACGUUUGCCAUCUUCUACAAACGACAUGUUAUGUUCAGUCAGAUAA